AUGUUUGAUGUGCUUCGUGUCCAUCAAGAAGUAAGUAACAUUGAUCUCUAUUUAGAGGUUGAAGACAUUGAUCAAAUUCGACACAUAGAGAUGGAAUCUAGAAAUCAUGAACCGGCUGUGCUAGAAGAGCAAAGGAACAACGAGUUACUAUUACCUAAUACAAACCAUGUUAAUGCCAUAUCAGAUAUGAUUCAUAAUGAAGAUUUCUACACAAUUUCUCAAGCUGCUGUUAUGAGUAAUGGAAUAAUUAGUGAUAAUGAAAUUGAUGAAGAAUAUGACAUAGGAGAAGAAUAUGAUGAAGAUGAUGGAGUUGACAUCACUCAAGAACAUGAACCACCACAUGUAGAUCGGGGUGACACAUCUUUUGACAACAACCAUCAAGUACCAUCAACUUUUACCAAUAUAGAAGAAACAAAUGUGAUUAGUGAUGGUAAUUGGACUGUGUCACAAUCAAUAAGCAAGAAUGAUUUUACACGGGAGCUGGAAAAAGAUUCUUUCAAGGAUAAAGAAGAACUUAUGAGAGCUAUCAAGCUCCAAUGCAUUAAGACACAUAGACAAUUUGAGGUCAUUGAGACACGCCCAACUCUAUGGAGCAUAAGAUGCAAGUUGCAUUUACAAUCUGGUUGUAAAUGGCAACUUCGUGCAAGUAAACGAAAACGGAGUGGAAAUUUUGAAAUUACAAAGUACAUUGGUCCAUAUACUUGUUUAAACAACAAUAUUUCUUUAGACCAUACAAACCUAGAUGCAAGCUUGAUCGCUCAGGAAACCAAACACCUUAUAAAAGAGCAACCUUCUAUUGGUGUUCCUGCUUUGAGAGCCGAAAUAGUUGAUAAAUUAGGCUAUACUCCUUCAUACAAAAAGCUUUGGGCUGGAAAGCAGAAGGCAAUCGAACAAGUGUUUGGAAAUUGGGAAGAGUCUUAUGCUCCUUUACCAAAAUUUUUGGGUGCACUUCAGAAGUUCAAUCCAGGGACUAUAGUCGAGUGGUGUGUUUCAAGAUCAACCGAUACGGAACAUGUGGAGUUUAGACGUGUUUUCUGGGCUUUUGUUCUUUCUAUUAAGGGGUUUGCACAUUGUCGACCUGUGAUUAGUAUUGAUGGCACACACUUGUAUGGUAAGUACACGGGAAAGAUGUUGAUUGCAAUGGGAGUUGAUGGUAAUAAUCAGAUUUUGCCACUUGCAUUUGCUAUUGUAGAAAAUGAAUCAUAUGAUAGUUGGAAUUGGUUUCUUUCUUAUAUCAAGAGUCAUGUGGUGAAAGAGCGUGAAGACAUUUGUUUAAUAUCUGAUCAUCAUUUAGGAAUCCUAAAGGUAGUCAAUGAGCAUGGAUCUCCAUGGUUAGAGCCACGUGGUUUUCAUAGGUAUUGUUUACGACAUUUUAUCAACAACUUUAAUGACAAGUUUCGCAAUUCAGAAUUGAAAGCUUUAGCUUAUCGUGCCGGGAGUCAGAAUCAAGUUCGAAAAUUCAACUCUAUCAUGGAAGAAAUUGGGAAGCUAAAUCCACAAGCUCGACAGUGGCUAGAGAGACAUCCACUUGAUAGAUGGACACUUGCACAUGAUGGUGGGAGGAGAUAUGGGCUUCUUACAACAAAUUUGUCAGAGAUUUUUAACAGUGUACUUAAAGGUGCUCGUUUUUUACCAAUCACAGCUUGUGUCCAACUUACUUUCUAUAGAUUGGUACAUUAUUUUGAAGUGAGACGUCCGUUAGGAUCUAGUGCCCAGGCUAAUGGAGAUGCAUAUACUCCUCAAGUUAUUGUAAAACAAGUGGCUUUGAUGUCAAAAGCAAGUGCACACUCAUUGAGAUCUUUUAAUCGAGAGAAAGAGUAUUGUUUUACUUGGGCAUCCGAGUUUUCCCCACUUCCUCAUGAAGCGUAUUGGCCACAAUCUUCAUCUAGACAAUUGCUUCCAAAUUUAAAGCUUUUACGGAAUAAAAAAGGUCGUUCUCGCUCAACAAGACUACGAAAUGGAAUGGACAUCAAAGAAGGAAAAAAUGGAUACCUUUGUGGGAUUUGUAGACAAAGUGGUCAUAAUUGGAAAAAAAUGUCCCUCUAA